CAUCCACAACACGGCACACAGAGAGAGGAGAGAGAGACUCACGUUGGUACGAGGCGGAGUGUGUGGUGAGAGGCGGUGAGGUGGCUCAAACAGGGGCCCCCGCUCGAUCAAAUAACCGUGCCGCGCGCGCGGCCGUCGAGCAGCCGUCAUCGUAGUGGUUGGUGUUGUUUCGCGCACUCGUCCACGUCGUACAACACGCGCGAGCAAGGAGGCUCUUUCCCUGUCGUCGGCAUUGCGCGUUCGUCGUGCCCCUCAUGGUGUUGGGGUAACAAUUACCCCUAUCUCUUGCCGCGGGGGUAACUCUCUCGCGACCUCGCGUUUGCUUCGAAUGCGCAUCUUCCCGGCGAACAAACGAACUGUGCAUUGUGUUCCGGGAAGAAGAGGACAGUGUCUUUGCAGUUUCUCAGCGUUUCUUCCCGACGUUUUUCGCUCUGACGCGGUGUGUGUCCCGGAAGAUAUCUCUCGUGUCGAGACUUUUCUCAUCUUCCGCGGGAAAGAAACGCGACGAUCCCUUCGAUUGUGACAGAGGAGAGUUUUGUCAACUCAGUGCCAUUCAGUGUAUUAUCGGCAAGAAUUUCUCGGUGAAGUUUUUUUUUUUCUGGUGAAGAAAGAGAGAGCUUAAGAGUGCGAGGCGAUUCCUAGGUAAUUAUCGCGCGUCUUUCAUUCUCUUUCUCUCUCUCUCUCUCUCUCUGUGCGUACGACUUCAGGAAUCUCUGUGAACUCGUGACUCGACAGAAAGACGAGAGCGAUAGAAGGCUACUCGUUGGUUACCAUUGAAAGCGCGGACGACUUGAAGGGUCGUCCGAGCUCGCCCGGUGAAAAGAUUAAGGGAAUACCCGACUGCCAGCAGCCGUGGUACCGCGGAUUUCAUGACAGCCGUUUGACAGCGACGACGCGACAGCAGGCCACCUCGGCACCGGUGAGCUCUAUGACCAUGCUCCAGUCGCAAAAACUGUACGGCGAUGCGGGUGCCAUGAGCAGCGCCGCGAUGUCCAGUAUGGGCAGUAUGGCGCCCACAUAUAGCUCCAUCAACUCGAUGAGCUGCGUGUCGAUGGGCGUCGGGGUCGGGCCUAGCUACAGCCCGCAGGGCGCCGGUGGAUUCAACAUGAGCACCAUGAGCUCAGCGAUGGGUAUGGCAUCGAUGGGUGGUGGCGGUAUGAGCGGUUACAGCAGCGCUUCCAUGGGCACCGGUGGUGCUUGUAUGAGCGCCGUCGGAUACGGUCCCCUGACACCCAGCGGCGGUACCGGCGUCAGUCGGGAUCCCCUUUUGACCGAGCCGGACUCGCCCAACUCGGCGCUGCAGCGCGCGCGUAGCGAGAAGUCCUAUCGUCGUAGCUAUACUCAUGCGAAGCCGCCGUAUUCCUACAUUAGUUUGAUCACUAUGGCGAUACAGAACGCGCCUCACAAAAUGCUGACCCUCUCGGAGAUCUAUCAGUUUAUCAUGGAUCUAUUUCCGUUCUACAGACAGAACCAGCAACGCUGGCAAAAUUCCAUCAGGCACUCGCUCAGCUUCAACGACUGCUUCGUUAAAGUGCCACGUACGCCGGACAAGCCUGGUAAAGGAUCUUUCUGGACGCUUCAUCCGGACAGUGGUAAUAUGUUUGAGAACGGUUGUUAUCUACGACGACAGAAAAGGUUCAAGGACGAAAAGAAGGAGAUGACUAGGCAGAACAGCAAGCAUCAACAACAUCAGCAGCAUCAGGCGACAGCAGCGGCGGUCGCGGCUGCAUCCGGCGCGACUAUCGCCGGUCAACAUAGCCCACCCACUCACGAAGGCGCGCCUGGUUCCAAGAAGACCGGCUCGUCCAUCCACCAUAGCGGUCCUCCGCAGCAAGACGACAAGGAUCUGCACGGGUUGGUGCCCUCGCAUCACCAUCAUCACACCGCGGGUCUCCAUCAACAUCAUACCGCCCUGAAAAGCGACACCACCGACAUCGGUGGCCUCCUAGUGCCCGAUCUUGCCGCGCACGACGAGCUUACCGCUAUGGUCAGCCGCAGCCUUCAUCCGCACUUAUUGUCCGAUACCGCGAGCUUGCAUCAUGGUAUGACAGGUAGCUUGAAGCAGGAACCGCUGUAUGGAACGGCAGCCAAUCAUCCGUUCAGCAUCAACAGGUUAUUACCGCGAGACACGACCGGCACCUCGCCUGGCGCCCAGGACACCAAGCCGCCCGAGAUGAAGAUGUACGAACAGCUGCAUCAGAGCUAUACCAAUUUCGGCUCGCCCCAUCAUCCGCACGCGCACUCGGCGCCCCCCGGACACCAUCAUCACAACGGCAUGCACGCCGGCACGAACGCCGCCGGACCGAUGCACAUGACGAAUCAUCAUCAUCAGGAGUAUUAUCAGAGUCCGCAUUAUCAUCACGCCACGAGCGUGGCCAGUACGAGCGCACCGCCACCCGCCGUCGCUACCGCGACGCCGGGCUUGUGACAUCACGCCACCCACCCUUACGCUUUGGCCUGAGUCGCUGCCGCCGCGGCGUAUGCCGCCGCCAGCGCUGCCGCACCCCCGAUGCCACCCCCGACAUCGGAUCACCUGUCCGCGAUCACGACAUCCGCGACAUCCGCGGCGCCCACGACGUCCCCCGCGAUCUCGUCGACCGUCUCGUCGUCGCCGCGUACGCAAUCACGCCGACGCGUCCGUCGCCCUGAUAACGACGAUAUCGUCGACGCCGUCGUCUGCUGGCCGCCAGACGACGACGACGAGUACGACGAUGAGAACGAGGACGAGGACGAGGAAAGCGUCGUCUACAGACGAUAGAAUGUUUGCUGUCGGGAGGUAGGAUUCCUCAGGGUAUUUCGGUUCAUUGUUACGGUUUAUCGUCUCGACGAUCAGCUUGAUUAUUGUUAUCAGUGUUGAGUCAAUGCAAAUAACGAUUGUUAGAUUUUGGAAAUUAGUAGAUAAUCGUACUAAACAAAUUCAUGCAAAUUAUUUAGUCUCUUUGGAGAAAAUUGUAAAAUAUUUUCCACUUUCUAUGAGAUAUUCUCUUUUAUAUGCUUCCUCUUUUAUAUUCUCUCUUUCGUCUAUAUGAUCUACUUUUUUUCCUUUAUAUCCUUUUCUUUUCUGUAUAUUUUCUCGUUUAGUUUUAAAUCAUUCUCGACUCGAGUAUUAUAUAAUAAUUAUAUAAUUCGCGGAUGAACUCAAAUAUUGAAUUAAAAUAGCCGUACAAAGGUUUGAAAUGAAGGGAAUUAAAAAAAAGUAAAUCAAUGAAUAUAAAAUACAUGACUGACAUAAAGACAUUACAUAUUUCCUUAUGCUACAAUAUAAUAUUGAUGACUAAUUGUUUUAUAUGAAAACUAAUUUUUUUAUCUACGUAUAAACAUACAUUGUACAACAUUUAUGUACUAUUUGCAAGGGAAAACAAUUGUAUAUUUAUUUGUACUUUAUAUAUAUAUAUAUAUAUUAUUGUUGACAAUAAUAAUGCAUGAAAGAAAAUAAUCAUUAAAUUAUCAUUUGUUAAUUUAGCAUUUAUCACAUCACACAUUUUACAAGCAAUUAUUGAAAUAUUUAGACUAAAAGAGAAGAAUUAUAGAGAUCAUAGAGUUUCAAAUAAAGACUUACGAGAAGCAGAAACAUUAUUUACGUUCAACUUCCAAACUUUAGUAAUAGGGAGGUCACAUUACUAUGUAUUAUCCUUUGACAGGAGCAAAAGGGAAAAUAAUAUUUACAUGCGUAUACGAUCUUCGUUGCUCGUAUUAAACUUAUGUCCGUUACUGUAUGUUGUCACUCAAACUGACAAUGACUUGGUAAGCAUCGUUUCAAGUACAAUUGCAAACAACAAUCACGAUAAAAGAGAUUAAAGCCUACUUUAGACGAUCUUUAAUUCGCGACAGAAUUCCAUUCAUAAUUUCGGCACGCGAUAUAGAAAACAUUUGUCAAAUCAGAUUACGUGACAUAAAAAAUAAAAUUAUGAAUAGAAUUUUAUGCCAUUUCGUUAAUAUUCUGUAAUAUUUCAUGGGAAGGGAUCGGGCGAGUCGUUUUUUUCUUUCUUUUUGUUUUUAAAAAUUCCCGAUAUUCUAGUUGGUUAUUUGGAAUUUAUUUAUCGUUAUUUUAUCACAAUAUCAUUUCGUUGAAUUUAUCUCGUGUACACUGGAAAAGGUUUCUGAGAGAAAUAUGCGAAUGUCCAGAAAUAUACUGAAUCAUACUGCAUUCCAUUAUUGUCGCCUUUAUCAUAUCGAACAUUCAAUGUAAUCGCGCAAUUUCACUGAAUUGCGUGAGAAUUUUUUCUCAUACUCACGAUUAAUGCAUUUUCACGCGAUAAGCGGAAUGUGCCUCGUUGCUAUGUUCCAUUUCUUGCACGUUAUACCAAGAUUACUAAUGACUCGGCACACAUUUCAGAAUUUAUAAACAACUUUUAAACGAAUUUACAUAAUGAUCGUCCAACAAUUUUAAUAAGAAAACAAUAUAUAUUAAGUUAAUUAAAAUACAAUAUUUGAACUGCCAGAUUUCCUUCAUAGAUUUUUACUACAGAAAUAAAGUCCAAAAUAGAACAUCAAAAUGAGAUAAUUGUGAUAUUAUUGUCUAUUAAUACUGUUAAUAAUGUUUAGCAGAUUUUUCAUAAACAUUUUUAAGUAAAAAAUAAUAAAGUUUAUAUUUUUUUUAAUAAAAAUUUAACUUCUUCAUGUGACAAUUAUAAAUUCGUUCAUUUAUUAUUAGCCACUGCUUUUUCUCUUUUUUAGUGAGAAACAAAAAAUAUUUUUUGCUCUUCAUAGAAAAAGAAGGAUGGAAUCACGUGAAAAUAAUCUCGUGAAAAAAUCUCUUUUAUAUACCGAUGUCUGACUAUUAUUAGAGAACAAUUUAUUAGCUUCAACCGUUAUCCUAUACGCGUUAAUUGCCCGCUCUGUAAGCUUACUAGAUAAGAUCAUUACAUCAGUUAUGAUAUCAAUUCCGAGACAAAAUAGUAUAUGUUGAGACGGGUGAAGUUUUAGCCCCCCCAAUAUUAGAGAAAAUAAAUUUUUUUUAUGUGAUUUGAGUGCAUUUUGUUUGCACAUGAAUGCAAUUUUUUAUUUUUGUUUGCACACUUCUAAUAAAAAGGUUAUUUAAAAAGAACUUUUGAGAGAGUCAACUUUAUGUUAGCCACACAAUUUUUACAAAAAUGGUUUUCAAUUAAGUCUAAUCGAUAAAUUUGUAAUAAUUUCUUCUUUUUACAUUUCAAAACAGUUUGAAAUUUUAUUUGCACAUUUGUAAAAAAAAGUUAUUUAAAAAAAAAAGAAAUUCGAAGAAUUCAAAUUUUGCCUGCAAAAGCUUUUUUUUUGAUUAAUUUUUUUGUUUAAAUGUGCAAACGUACAAAAAUCGAACGAUUAGGUUAAUUGAAAACUAUUUUUGUAAAAAUUAAGGGCUAAGUUGAACUAAGUAAAGUUGGUCCUUUGAAAAAUUUUUUUUAAAUAACUUUCUUGCUAGAAGUGUGCAAGCAAGAAUAAAAAAAAUGCAAUUGAAUCACGUAAAAAAAUUUAAUUUUUUGUAAUAUUGGAAGGAUAUUUUCGUAUCGGAAGAAUAUUUAUGCAUUUAACAUGAUAAGUAUUGAAUGUUUUUUGGGAGUAAUUAUAUCAUUCAAUAAUGCAAGUCUUUGUUAGAUUGCUCAUUGAUCUCAAUUUCCCUUCAUUUUAAACAUUUUUUAUCGCUCUGUAAUUAUUAUUACAUUUAUUUAUGUGCAUAUAACAUGCGGCUUAUUGACAAUAUAUUAUUAUCUUUAUUUAAUUUUAUUACUAUUUUGACAUAUUACUAAAAACAAUAUGCAUACGCCAUAAUUAAUACUGCAUGUUUUAUUUAUCUUAUUUUGAACUCUAAAAGAUCUGACAGGUCUUUAUUCAGUCAGUAAGAAGAAAAAAAUUUCAGAAGCAAAUUUAAUUUGAAAAUAUUUUAUUGAUAAUAUUCGACAAGAUUGUGAUUAACAAUUUGUCUAUAAAUAUUUCAAAUAAUCAAAUUAGAUGAAAUAAGUCCUAGAGAAUAAUACAAGAUAAUAUUUUAUAUAAAUAAUUGUUUUCUCUCUCUGAACUUGAUUAGAAUUUGGAAAGGUUUCAGCUUUCGCGCAUGUACUUAACCGUCGCAUAUCUUAUCCGAAAAAGUCGCUUUAUAAUUAAUUAAAAAUCUCUUUAGCGACUCGCUAUUUAUUACACUGAUAUACCCGCGGCGAUGAACCUGUAACUCGGUGCUUCGAAAUAUCCUCGGUUAAUAUUAAAGACGAACACGCGGGCCACGUCGAAGGGGGUGCGUUAUCGCGGCGUGGAGCAAGCGGCGUAAGCCACGAAAAGCAGUGCCAGGUAAAAAAGUGAGAGCGGUGUCGGAUGAACAAAACUUGUGAUACUAUACGUGAAAAUAAAUAUAAAUUAACGGACACGAGAGUGUAUACGCUCGCGUUGCGUAUAUAAAUAUAAUUAUAUUCGAGCAUCUGUGAGACGUGCAUUGUCCGCGCAUUCGCACACCAGCGUCAUCACGCUGCAUACAUACGUACACGGGAGGAUUCGCGAGGUGUACGAACGCGCGCGUGUCAUGGGGACAGUUGAGAAAACGUCGAUUAAAUAAUUAAUUCGUUUUAAGAGCGUCACGCGGGAGACGCGCUGCCGCGUUUUUGUAUAAUAACUGUAGAUAGCCGUAUAAUAUCGUAAUGCGCAUAUGAUGUACAAUAUUAUGUGUUAAAGAGAGGUAUAUAUACGAUUAUAUAUAGCUAUAUAUAUAUAUAUAUAUAUAUAAAUGGAAUCUUUAUUGCGAUACUAUUAUAUAUUAAGUUCACUUUAGACGAUCUAUAAUUUAUAUAAUAGGUGAAUUUGGGAUGCAAUUUUUUAUUGAAAUCUUACACAACGCAUAUUCUGAUAUGUGUCGUAUGUAUAUUUUUUGCUUUUUUAUAUACAUACGUUUUUUUUUUUGUAUUAUAUGAUACGAAAAGUUCUGUUUCAAAUUUUAUCGUAUAUUAUAGAUCAUCUAAAGUGCGCUUUAGGUGCAUACAUAUAAUAGAAUAUAAGUGAGUGAAUGGAAGAGAUGAAGGGAUGUUCACACAAAGAGAGAGAGAGAGCGAAAGAAAUAGAGAGAAUGAGAGAGAUCAAGCAGACAAACGUGAUACUUUGCAUCGUGUAUUUCGAAAGCAUACUUUUAGACUGUCGCACACGUAUUCGCAUUGCAGACACUGUGGAGAACUAUUUAGGAAAUAUUUUAAUUUUUGCGAAGAAAUUCAUUUUUUUUUUUUUUCGUUUGCGAAUAAAAAGUACGAUAUUGUAUAUAAUGUUGUAAAAUGGCGCGUGUAAAUAUUUUCGAAAAUACAGUGUAAAGUUGGAUAAUUCUGUUCAAAUCGUGUUUUGAAUUAAAUUUUGACAUUCACACGAACUGUAUUGCCGAGUGCGAAAAAUCACAAGGAUUCCAUGAUUAUUAUUUAAUCUCAGAAUCAUCCCCUAAACAGGUCUUGCAGUUACCAUGUCAAAAUAUGAUCAUAAUAUCUUCGAUGCUCUUUUGAACAAUUGGCAUGCCAUUAGAUCAUUAAUCGCCUAAAAAUUAUGCGACAAGAACGAAGUAUACGAAUAAAGUAAUAAUUGAAACCGAUUCUAAUAGCUACAGAGAUUGGCAGAUUUGUUUAUUACCAAUCCGAUGACUGUCGACACGAUUUUUACAAACACCGUUUUAUUAUAUCAACAUUGUAAAAAUAGCGAAAGUUGAUCGAUUUUUUUUUUUAUUCAAGAUGUAAUACAGAAUUAAACCCGCACGAAUAGAAGUGACACAGAGAGAGUUUGCUGAGUGAUGCUGGGAACAUGGGAAUGUCAUACAGUGCAAUUUCUGCAAGUCAACAUUUAAGUGCAAGGGGCUAAGUCAAGACGGCGUAAGGUUGUGUUGUUGAAUAGAAAAAAAUUCCCCGCCCAAUUAACGCGAUGCGCAAGCGAGCGUGUGUGACAGAUCUUGCGACGACACGAUGACGUUCCGGUCACGUAAUUCGCUAGAUCGUUCGCAAUAUUACUUCAGUUCUAUGAAUAUGAAAUUCACGAAAGCUUUUACCGUCGUUGCGUUUACGAUUUUACUAUACCUUAUUCGAAGAGAGAAAGUGAGAUCUGUCUGCUUUCAUUGGCGGAUCGUAUCGCUGAAAAAUCGAAUGUCACUACGGAAGAUGCGAUGGCUCGUAAUUUCGCUGAUUUUCUCAAACGUGCCACUCCUACCGUAUAUUACCGACUUUCUCGUACUCUAAUAGACUUUCUGAAUUUAUAUUAAAUCCGAUUGUUUUGAAGCACAGAUCCUUACAAGUAGACAUAUAUGAGAUGCAAAAUGAAAGUGUUGCUUUUGAAAAAAGCAACACUCUUUAAAGAAGUAAACAAUUGCGUGUUAAAGUGCAUCUUUAACGAAAGAUUGAAAUUCUCAUUCUAUUCUCUUGCAAACGAUGAGAUUACAAUUAGAAAUUUUCUAAUAAAACGAAAAUUAGAAAAUUCUAAUAAAACUGGGAUUAAUAAAUAAAAUGUUCUGUUAGGUUAAUCUCCAUCUUUUUCUCUUGAUUCUUUAUGUGUUUUUCAAAGUUUUAUAUUGUAAUCCUUAAAUAUUUUUAAUUCAUAUUUUUUUUGGUAUUUGUAAAUACUAUAUUGAAUCUGCAAUUUUAUGUUGAAACUAUAAUAGAAUAUAAAAAAUUCUAUGAAUUUAUAGCAAGUUUUUUUCGUUAAUAUUUCAGCAAAUACAAUCUAAAGUCCAUCCUAAUGAAGAAUAAUUAUAACAUUUGUAAGAUUGGAUUGAAGUAAAAUAAGAUCUAAAUCUUUUACAAAAUAGUAAAGUAUAUAUUUUUUUUUACACAAUAUUAAAAUCUCACUAUGAUUUUACGAUGAGCAGUUAGAAAUUUGCGGAAAUUUCUUUCGUGAAAUUGUUAUGAUCGAUCCCAAACCAUCUUGUUCUCGACAAUGCACUGAUCAAAUAAGGAAAGAAGGAAGCGAGUCCUGCGAAAUAAGACUUCCCUCAAGGCGGGGCACGCAUGAAAUGCAAAUCUCGAAAUUACGAAAUCUCAUGUUUAACACGCUUUCACUGUCUCUUGAGUCAUUUUAUCGUCUUCCUGAGAGAGAGAGAGAGAGAGAGAGAGAGAGAGAGAGAGAGACAGACAGAGAGCAGGAGCGAGAGAUAGAGACAAAGAGAGAAAGGGAGAGAGAGAUUUUUUUUUAUCUAUUUAGUAUCACUGCACGAUCCUGUAUAUCCAGGAGAAUCAAAAUUCAUAAUUAAUUAAUAAUUUUGAUAAGGUCAGACUUUGAUGAUGUAGGUAACACAAGAAUCAUGAUCUCUAUGUUUAUUCGCGAGAAUUGGCGCGCAAUACAUUUCUCGAAAAUUGUAUUAUAGCAUCGAAAUUAUGCCAAUUUCAAUCUCCUAUCGUACCUUUGGCUCCUUGCGUAGUUCUCGGUUGAAUCUGUUUGAUAAAUAUACGUCGCCUAACUCUUGAGAGAUCAAAUGACAAGAGAGAGAGAGAGAGAGAGAGAGAGAGAGAGAGAGAGAGAGAGAAAGAGUGAAUGAAUGAGUGAAAGACAUAGGUAAGAAUAGUGAGAAUUUCGCGCUGUUGUCAGAGAAAAAGAGAGAGAGAGAGAGAGAGAGAGUGAAAGGAACGACGAAUCGAUGAGAUAAGGCUGUAAAUGUUUCAAUAAAUCUACGUAUUUCUACGAAAAUUAAA